AUGUCUACUACAACACCUCGUCCACGCCCCCCAGCUAAGGCUCGCCGAAUACCUUCCAUGCAGGUUCCCAGGUUUCCCCCUCCACCUUACGCCCUCUCUCUUGACCAGAUAGUCUUGGAUGCUACUAGCUCUGCGUCUACGAACCAGGAUGGUUCGACUGCCCCCGAUGACUUUCCCCUAUCUUCACCUACCCGCGAGGCUGACGAGUGGAUGAACGAGAAAUCCCGAGAGGAGCUGUCAGGUCUGCUCCUAAAGGCGGACGAGAUAAUAAAGUCCCGCGAGUCAGAACUCAGCGUAACCACUGCCCUGUGCAAGUCCCUUUAUCACGACAACGUCGCACUCAAGAAUAAGCACGAGUCCCUGCUUUCGCGCCUCCCUUCGUCAGCCGCCUCAACCACUCCCGUCUCCCCGAUUAUUGCCCCUUCCUUCCCUUUGCUGUCGCCUCAGUAUAGUGAACUCGAUCUUUCACGCUCCUCUGACCAUCUCCCCGAGCCGUUUGCUGUGCCUCGCAUCCGCCACUCGCGAAGAAUCUCGGUCACGCCUUCGGACCUCGCACGGCUUUCCGACCAGAAUGCAGAACUCAUCGAUAAACUGGAGAAUUUGGAGCUCGAGUCGCAGCAGGCCGACCAGGCGGGCAAGCGUAAACUCAAGAAACUCGAGCACGAGAUCCAGUGCCUUCGCGAUGAGCUCGAGAAGACGCAGUUGAAGGAGGCGGAGCUUGAGCAAGAGCAGACUCGCGCGGCUCAGAACUUGAGUAUGGAGGAGGCGCAGAGGCGAAAGGAAGAGCGCGAGGAGCGGGUAAGGGUCUUCAAGGAGAAAACUAGCUCGAUGCCGGAAUCUGAAUCGCUUAGCGAGCAAAUUCGAGACUUUGCGCCUCCGUCUGAGCUGUCUCGUUCUACAUCCCUCAAGACUCCUUCAUCUAUCACUGUGAAUAAUUCCCUUCCAGAAAGGUGUCCGGAGAAUUGUCCUCCUGCAUCGGAAGCAGUCACGCCCGACGAACAUCCACAAUAUCCUACUCCUCUGAUGUCCUGGGGUCGUUCUCAAUCGAACGCCGAGACGGCCAUCAUCGCUCAGCUGCUCGUUAAGAUUCGUGAGCUCGAGGAGACGAAUGCCCAGAUCAAAAGUGAGCAAUUGGUCACCGAGGACCGGCUUCGCUCCGUCCAGUGGGAUGCAGAGAGUAUUCGCAGGGUCUACGACUGUCUCAGCGAUGGCAGUGACAUUGAACUGGAGGUCGUCCCUGACGAUGGCUUGGAUGGCAGCCCAACGAAAGACAGACGAAUUCUCUCUGGCGGGACAAUCAAAUUCAGCAGCUUGCGACGAACGAUCCACCAAGACCUGAGUCGACUUGUAGACUCGGAGGACGCGGAUGGUUUCGCUGAUGGGAUUACCCCCGACAUGCGAAGCACUACUCGCGAUCCUGGUGCUCCCAGCAAGCCUAGCGCUACGCAUAGAAUGCGCAAAUCUGUGGUGGGCCUGUUCGAUACCGAAUCUCAGGACUCUGUUCCAUCGGUAGAAUCUCUUCGCGCACACGCAAUGUUCUUUCCUUCCUCUCCGAUGAAUUAUCAGCCUACACUCGGCGACAUCUCGACAUGGUCCACUGCUGCUACGGAUGGAGAGGCGCCGUCGUCGCCUGCUUGGAGUGACGCACUACCGACGCCCACAGAAGCUCCCGGACAUGGGCUUGGGCGCACCCUAGGAAGUGAACUUGGCUCUGAGUUCGGCGAUGACUGGGGUACCAAUGCUGGGAAUCAUCACCUACGGACAACUAGUUUAUAUGAUCUCUCCGGGAUGGACCUCUCGCGCGAUGCUUCCAUGUCACCCAGUGUUAGCGAGCGACCUGCAUUCGUCUUCCCCGUGACCGAUGAUAUUGGCCCAACUGAGCCAGGGCCUUGCGAGGAUGAGCUAAUGACGGACAUGGAGCCUUCGACACCUCCACGCGUAACUGCCUUACAGCUCAACGUAGAACCCCCAACCCCAACACCUGAGAAAUUGCAGAAGCCUGCGAACGCUAGGCAGUACAAACUCUCUCAGACGGUUCGCUCGCGCACAAAUCGGUGGAUCGAACGACGCUAUUCGCCAUCACCGUCGUCGGAACCUCCGCCGAGGCGACCUGUUGCUGGAACGUCGGUCAGGAGACGGUCAGGAUUGGACUCGCUCACCUUCUUUGACGAGUUCGACAAGCAAGCGCCUCUAAUCUCGCGCACGGGCCGCAGAGGUCGCAUACCCACAUUCCCUGCGGAGGGUGAUUAUGAAACGGACGAAGAUGACUGGGAUGGAAGGGUGGACCGCUCUGUCCAGCUUCGUGCCGACACUUCGGGCAUUCUCAACGCAGAGGGCGGUGAGCAGAAUGGUUUCACGGGGCUGAUUCUCGGGGCGUGGCUCUGGCUCCAGUUCUUCCUUGUCAUCAUCAUAUUCAUAUGGACGAUGGCUAGGCGCGGGCCCAAGAAUGUACUGGCAGAAGCAGAGCGGCGGCGGACUCGUACUGGCAGCAUUACUGGACCUAUUAUGUGA